AUGCUGGGAGUGCAUAGGAAAGUUUUGACGGUCUCGUUCCAGACUAUGGCAGAUUUGGCAGCAGUACCGUAUGAUCUCAUUGAACGACACUUUAGUGAUCAAGCACAGUGGAUCAGUCAGUUGGCCAAGGGACUGGAUGAUGAACCUGUAAAACCGCGCAACAACCAGCUUUCCAUUGCAGUCAGCAAGACCUUUCCAGGGAAAAAUGCUCUGACUACCGUCGCUGAAGUACGCAGGUGGAUCGAAGGCCUGUCUAAAGAGCUGUCCAAGAGACUUGUAGCGGACCAAGUUAAGAAUAAAAGAACGGCAGAAAAUGUGAUUUUUGGCAUAUUGAACGAAACGCACACAUCGAGAACUGUCAAAAUUGGCUCGUACGCUCCACAGGCAAUAGCUGAAGUGAUGUGGAAUGUAGCGAAAUUAUUCAACAAAGCGCCUACAGGAAGCGAAGAGUGGACACCGCCGGUAUACCUUCUGUCCAUGAGCGCUUCUCGCUUUACUGAGGGACUGAGCGUACAAUCACAGAACAUCAUGGAGUGGAUACAAAAACGUUUACAACUAAGCGAGGCUGGUCGAGGUUUAUUCCAACCGCCUUCAACUGCACCACCGGAACCGAGAAUAUUUGUGAAAGGAGUUUUGAAGAGACCCGCUGAUCUGGAAGCACCCAGUACGUCUACAGCCACUGGCUCCGCCAGCAACUCUCCAAAAAGUUCGCCUUACAAAAAGAAAAAUAAGAAAGAGGAGGAGCCUGAAGUCAAAGUGGAUGAAGAAGGAUGGCAGGUCUAUGAUCCGACAAAGUUCGAAUCUACAGAAGAUUCAAAUCACGCACCUGCAGUGCCGGCGGUGGAACUCAGUGAUAUUGGAGCUAUAUCAUCAUCUGUUUAUGAAGAGCUACCGGCGCAUAUCAAAGCGGAGUUGGCCCAUUUUCACAAAUUGGAACAAGCGAAGCGCCUAAAAGCAGCCGCUGGUGAACGCGAGAAAAAACCAGGGGCUAAAAAACGUGCCCCUAAAAGUAAUGUUAAGGAGCCGCCAGUUAAGAAGAAGCUGGAUGAGUUUUUCAAAAAAGAAAAAUGA